CUAAUUAUUGCUAAUAAUAUGAAAAACUAAUGUUACGUAGGAUGACAGUUUAAAUACAGGAGAAUCAGUGCCUGCAGCAUUUGACAAAUUGAAAAACCAUUCUCAAAAGUUAGAUGCUAUUUACAUUAAGGAUGAGGAUAAUGACUGUUCAAUAUAUAAAAGACUUACGAGAAAAUGCCACUGCUUAAACCAACCCGAUUAUAAUGACUUCAUUAUACACUUUAAUGAAGAUUCUCAGUAUAAUACGAAUAAUUUUGGUGAAAUUAUUAAAAACUUGCGAAUUUUAAAGAAAUUCCUUUAUAUGGGUGGGAUUAAUACUAAAAAUGCUUUAAUGUUUUUAAACGAAGGUUUAACAGAUUCUCAGCACUCUGAAAAAGUAGAGCUCACCUUAGGUUGUGCACACGCAGAUAUUUGUAAUAUUUUCGAAGAUCACUCUAUUGUUAUAGCUUGUAUUUCAUGGCCUUGUAAAUAUCACUAUUAUGGGAAUUGCGUAACGCAGAAUUUGGCGGCUGGCUUCUUAUAUAAGCUCGCAGAAGUAGAAGAAGGGAGAAGAUAUUUAAAUUAUACAUCUAAAAUCACAAACGAUAUAAAAAAAGUUUUAAGAAAGAAAUCUUCAUUUAUAGAGAUAGAUAUUAUCGAUUCUUUGAACGCUACACUAAGUUUACUAAAACCAAGUUUUGCUAAAGAUUUGGCUGUAACAUACUACAGCAAGUCGAUCUAUGAAGGUGUCGGAGCGAGAACAAUUAAAGACUUAAUGCGAUAUCGUCAACGCAUGACUCUCGACGAAGUUUUCAUGCAUCUCGAUAUACUGAACAAGUACAGUAGUUUUGAACUUGGUAAAGAAGAAUUGACACUUCAAUUGCCGACUCUAUUACUUAUUUUUAAACAAAUGCUAAUGGAAUAUGAUAACAGUGAACUAAAUAUAAUAAUAACUAAUACUCUAGAUAAUAUAGUGUCGAGAAAUAUUGUAAAACCACAAAAACCAGAAACUUCGAAAUGUUGGGCUAUUGCUGAUACAGCGACUGAGCCUGUAAAAAUGAAGAAUGAAGUGUGCCAAAUGCCUUGUAAGAAAUCAAACUUAAAGAAAACUUAUAAACCUAAAUUAGGUCUCGGAGUCUUACCGAAUAAACAUCAACUUUCAACAAGAAGUGGAUGGGAGCAAUCUUUAUUAAAUUACAGAUCAAGAAAAUUUAAUGAUUUAACUAAGUCAAUGAUUGUAGUGCCAAUUGAAAAAUAAACAGUAAUCUGUAAUAAGA